AGAAGCAGGCAGAUAGCGCGACAGGGGCUCCGUUGAGAACUGAUCCUAGCCUACAUAUUUUUCUCCUUCCCAGGCCAAAUAUUCUGAUAUGAAGACGGCCAAACCGUAGUAAAUAUAUAUCGAAAGAACUUAUAUAAAGAAAUGACAACUGGUGGUCUGAAGCAUACCACAGGAAAAGCAUAUUGUUAGUGCUUCCUAAUUGCGAAACUAACAGACUUGGUUUAGUUAGCAAGCUAGCCUAGAUGGCUUCUGCUGCUGGAGCUGAAUUAAGGGCUACUUGCCCUAGUGAGGGGACCUCCGCCGGGGCAUUACCUGGUGGUCGACCGCCACUCCGUUCUCAUCACCUCUACGCAACGACCACCGCGGGAUCCCCCGGAUCUCUCAUGGUGGAGUCUGUGGACGAUGCGGAGGGCCUCUACGUCGCUGUGGAGAGAUGCCCACUCUGCAACACAGCCAGGCGCAGGCUGACCUGUGCCAGAUGUAUCCAGGCAGGGGACUUCGUGUACUUUGACGGUAGAAACCCAGAACGUUACACCGAAAAAUUAGAGAAACUCAAACUGCUGAGGAAGGAGAAAGAACAACUUCAACAGAGUGUUAUCACAGCCAUGGAUAGAAAGGUUCAGGCUGACCAGCUGAAAUGGAAGAUUAUGUCGUGCAAGAUGAAGAUUGAGCAACUAAAGGAGGCUAUCUGUGGAGGGAACGAGGAGGUCAAGAGUGGUAAAGAGCUGCAGCUGCGCUCCCAGGAGGAGAGCCAGAGGCUGCAGCGCCGGGCCAGCCGCCACCAGGAGAAGAGGGACAAGAUUGACCGGCACAACCGGCGCCUGGGGGAGCUGCUGGAGAAGAGGGGCCGUGAGCUGCAGGCCCGGCUGGAGCUCCUGGCGGAGGUCCGCAGGGGACACAUCCUGGAGCUCACCACGCACAUCUUCCUCACUCAGGAGGACAAGCAGGGCAGCAGGGACCCUGCGGACGUGGCUGCAGAGUGUGACCUUGCGCUGACCUCCAGCACAGUAAGCGAGCUGGCGGAGGCCAGGAGGACCACCUACCUGUCUGGCCGUUGGAUCUGGGAUGACCAGAAUGGAGAGACCAGCAUCAGCAUCACUGGCCCACCUGUCACCCUGCCUAGCAACGGAGACUGCUCAGCCUACUACACCUGGGUGGAGGAAAAGAGCACCAAUGAGGGGCCAGAGUUGGACCACAUAAACCCGGCCCACACCAUCAGUGCUGCCCUUUGCUACGCCACCCAGCUUGUCAACAUCCUGUCACAUAUUCUGGAUGUCAAUCUUCCUAAGAAGCUCUGCAACAGUGAGUUCUGUGGUGACAACUUGAGUAGAUACCGCUUCACUAGGGCUCUCACCAAGCUCAACACCAACAUCCUGCACCUGUGCUUCUCCCAGCAUGUGGACAGUGAACUGCUGCAUCCCCACCACACCCUUAGGAACAUCAUGUUCCUGGUCUCCCCUGACAACAGGAACCUGGGGAGGACGGGUCCGUACGAAGUCAGUGCUGACCUGGAAGACUCCAUGGAGUUUGUUGAGCCGGAGGCGGCCGGGCCUGCGGAGGAGAGUGGCGAGGAGGCGGUAACGGAUGAGGAGACGGACCUGGGGACAGACUGGGAGACGGUUCCAAGCCCCCGCUUCUGCGACAUCCCCUCCCAGCCCAUGGACCUGUCCCAGAGCACGGCCAUGCAGGUGUCCCAGCCCGGGGCCAACGCUGGGGGCAUGAUCUCCUCCGCCGCGGCCUCUGUCACCUCCUGGUUCAGGGCCUACACAGGCCAGCGCUGACUGGGAGACCAGCUAGGCUGGGCUGGACCAGAAACAGGUUGUUGUGUACUGUCGCUCAAGAGCUGCUGGGCUCUGUUCUAGAACUACAGUAGAUUCUGAUCGGCUGGUCAAUGAAGUGACCUUGGACCAGGUCUUGGCUGGUUGAAGCUAUGCAACAACAUACUCAUACAGAGCCAACCUGACAUGGCCUUAUGUUCUUUGGUCUGGCCUGGCCUAGCAUGAUCUGCUUUGCUGUAGCUCAUCUUACCCUGUCCUAACCUACACACUAAGAAGGGAAGAGAGAGUUAGUUUCUACUAGCCUGCAUGACUGAACACUUUGUAGGCUUGAUGGCAGAUGAGUGUCUCUGAAGUAGUAGUGUUUGUCUGGGGCUCUGACUAUUAACCUGUUUGGACGAAGGCCUUUAUAGUGGAGAGAGCGAAUGAGAGCAUGGCAGGUGGUCUCCAACUCUGUUUCACUUUGUAGAUGGUCAGGCCCCUAAGGACUUACGAGCUGGUGUGUCACAAUGUAGGAAUCUUAUUCUGCUCCUUCUGCAACACCCUCAUAGGCUGAAAGAGGAUCUGCUGGACUGAUGCCAUCAUUUCCUGUUACUCCUUAAACAUGCAAAUAGGAAUGAGUAAGUUGUCGGUCAGGAGAUGCAUGUGAUUGGAUGUCAAAAUGUGUUAAUUGUUCAUCAUGUUCCUUAGUCUUGAAAUCUUUCCAGUUUAUUUGACUAAAGCCAAACAAGGAACUUUCUGGCUGGACGUGUCCUCACUUGAAUAUGACGUGGCACUUUUUGUUUUACAGUUGACUUUACCUUUUACAUGUUGUUUACAAAACCUGAUCCUAAUGGGACAGGACAGAUGGCUGACCAUUAAGAGUAAGAGUAACAAUCAUAUUAUUUUACUGUUCCAGGAGAGAGGGUUACCAUCUUGUAAGUCUUUUACUGCUGUCCCAGUUGUAACUGAUCAAAUAUAGCUCACCAUCAAGCUCAUAACACAAAUCUGGUUUACUAGAUCGGUUUUUGGGUGAAAACAUACAAGGUUGUUGCUCUUCACUGACAAGGUCGGGCUAACCCCUUAGAAGUAGCGAUGUAGCCUGAAGCUGGAAGCAGAUGUGCCAGUGGGCUUGUGGAAUGGAGGGUCUGUGAGUCUUAAAGAUGGCUCUAAACAGCCCCAAGGAAGCUACCUAAAUCAUACCAACUGACAGACACCACGGAGGUACCGUAUGUUUUGGGAAUGUAUUUCGGAUUUGCAAAAAUGCAUCAAAAGGAGAGACAUGUCUCAUCUUGUGGAUCUGAAAUACCACCCCAGGUGUUUCUUUUAUAUUUUCAUGGGAAAAUGGGUGCCUAAAAAUGUAAUUUUUGGUUUAGCAGUUAGACAGACAGAACAUCUUACAUGCCGUUUUAUCCUCUGAAUCUGAUGUUUUCGUUUUUUUAUUCUUGACUAUUUACAGCACUUCAGAACUUUGAAAACAGUGACACCUCUGUCACUUUCCCUGUCACCACUUCAUAGCUAGUCCUGUCCCAGCAUUCUGGAACACCAUGGCAUCACCACCUCAUAGCUAGUCCUGUCCCAGCAUUCUGGAACAACAUGGCAACUCGGUUGGGUUCUUCUGUUAUUUUAGCUAGGGAUUUGUGUGGAAUGCCUUUCAAAACAUGUUGAAUUAUGCACACUCGGCAUUUACAGUAUAAAUGUCACCCAAAGCAAUAUUUGAAUAGAAAAGACCUUUGCAAGGAUCUUGUAUAAUACUAGUAAAAUGUGUGAAUGGAUUAAUACUUGUUUUUGUUGACAUAAACAUCUGAUUCAAACCUGUGGUCUUUUUAGUAUCUUUUAAAAGUCUCCAAUGUUCUGUGAUUCAUAUGAUUAUCACUACUAUCUCAUUGUAGGACCUAAUAGAAAUUGACUGAAAAACCUUUGAAUAAAACGAUGUUGCGUCACUGUUACAUGUCAGUGGCUAUGCACAUAUG